GGUAAGCGAUGCGGGAGUCAUAUGCCGAAGCGACCCGAAUUCACACGUCAUCGGACGUCCUAUCAAACUCUCAUCUCCAAAUCCAUUAAAAUUCAUUUUUUAUUUAAUAUUUUAACUAGAAUUCUUUCAGAACUGUCUAUAUCAUUGAAACUUGCUGCCUUCAAUUGAAUUCUGAAUAUAGACACCGUGGUGGUGAUGAUGGCAAUGGCUUCAUCCGUUCUUGACUCGGUAGCGCAGAUUCACGCUUUGGUAAUGAAUUCCGAAUUAAGGCCGGGUCUACAUCCCAUACCCGGAAGUCAACCACUUACCUUCGGCGCCGCCGUUCUACCACCGCUAAUCUAUUACUUCGCUUUGCUUCUUCUGGCUCCACCACCUCCUCCCGCCAUCGACUCUAUAUACGUCGUAUCAAUCCGUAAUAUUCUCGCUCUUACUGCUGGCAUUCUCUUCUUCCGUUUGCCGCUCGCCUAUCAUAUCCCUCAAAGCAUUGGACUUACCUAUCAACUCGGCCUCGUCGGUCUCUACGGCGGAUGUCGAGUGAUAGACGCUUUCUUCAUAAGCCCCUAUUGUUUCAAACAUAUCCCGCGACGAGUCACAUACGUGCAUAAACCACGAGUCGAGACGCCAUCACCGGAAGAGAUAGAACCAACGAGAGAAUGGACCGACGGCGGAGUCAAAGAGCCAUACUUCCACAGAGAAAAGGGAGAUUCCAAAUCCGGGCCCACUAGGACUUCGGGUCCUGAGCCUACGGUGAUCAAGGAAAAUAGGAGUCCUAGCUUCUCCGACGAAAUCAGCCGCGUAGCUCGCCGCAUGUCUACCUCGCUCCCGGACGCGGCCUGCGACUCCUAUUUUGCAGUGCGCCGGACGUUACACGGACCGGAUCCACAGCCAGUCCUUGAAACCGCAACCACCGAGUCCGGAUGGCCCCGAACCCUGCGCGAUCGUGUUUCUUGGGCUCUAGAGCUCGAACUAAGUAUGCGCGGUGUCGGGUUCACAUGGACUACCGCUGAUGUCCGGCAUACACGCAAGACCUGGCUACCCACCGUCGGAAACCGCGCUCACAGCAUCCUAGUACAUGCGUUGCCUGUUCUACUAUCUAGUUGGUUCGUUAUUCGCACUAUUUACGUACGAUAUCUCGGUCCACCAUCCGUGUCCGUCAGCGAUAGCGACGAGCGUCAAUCUCGCGAAUUAUUCGACGAGGACCUACCCCUUAUAGCGCAAACCCUCCUAACAGGCGCGCUAGGCGCAUUCCUCAUGGCAGCAUUUUCACUCGGACACUCGCUCUUCGCGAUUGCAUUAAGUCCUCUCGCGCCUAGUCCGUUGGCUUUCUUCCCGCCGUUAUACAGCACCCGGAUUUGGGAUAUCAUCUCAGUGCGUGGAUUCUGGUCCUACGGUUGGCAUCGGCUAUUCGCGCGAUUGUUUUUGGUGUAUGGUAUCUGGCCUGGGGAAUGGGUAGAGAGGAAAUUGACGGGGAAGAGGAGCGAUGAGCCUGCUGAUGUGGGAAAGGUGCUUGGUGGUUUUCUUUCUAGUGCAUUCGUGCAUUCUUUUUCGGUCAGGGGUGUUUUAGGGGGUGAUUGGAGUAGCGCUGCUGGUGAAGCGAAAUUUUUUGCGCUUAAUGGGCUUGCUGUUGUAAUAUAAGGGGCAGUAUGGAGAACAGUGAGGAGUUGGAGGAAGAAAAGAGACUUCAAUAAGAUUAUGUGGUAUGAUGGUUGGGUUGGCAGGUUAUGGUGGAUCACGGUUCUGUUGGGCUCAGGGAGGAACUUUGCAAGGGGUUGGGUUAAGUCGGGAUUGGUUCGAGAGAUUGCGGGCUAUUGACACAUGCCUAAAAUAAAUCGGGCUUGGAGUUUAUUUAUUGCCCUUACAAUGGUCAUAUCGACGCUUUCUUAAUAUUAUUUAUUAUUAAGCUA